AUGCUUCGAUUCUCGUGCUCGGAGCUGGUCGUCGAUAGGAUUGAUCCUCUCGUGAAUCCUGGCCAAGCGCCUUCACCACAUUUACAUCAGCUUGUCGGCGGGAACGCAUUGAAUACCACAAUGGAUCCAUCGCUCGAUCUCCCGACGCAGGCGACUUGCACGACGUGCACAUUCACUGAAGAUUUCAGCAACUACUGGACCGCAGUCAUGUACUUCAAAGCCCGCAACGGCACAUUCAAACGCGUUCCCACGUUCGCGAACCAGUACCUCGAACCCGCGAAUGGCGGCAUCACGGUGUACUACAUCCCGCCCUACGACAACAAGAGCAAAGUCACCGCAUUCAAGAAGGGCUUCCGCAUGAUCGUCGGCGACCCAAUCCGCCGCAAAGACGAAGGCGACGGCGACGCGCGAUCCCUCAGCUUCCGCUGCUGGGACAAGAACUUCGGCGGCGAGGCUGGCGCCCCCGGAGCCGGACGCGACACGAAGCACUUCCCCGCGAAGCCGUGUCCCGGCGGCAUACGCGCGAAUCAUUUCUUCCCUACAUGCUGGGACGGCGUCAACCUCGACUCACCCGACCACAAAUCGCACGUCGCGUACCCGUCCUCGGCCUUCGAGUCCGGCGGCGCGUGCCCUGCAUCCCACCCGGUGAAGAUACCGCAAAUACUGUACGAAGUAGCUUGGGACACGACUGCGUUCAACGACCCCAACGACUGGCCGGAGGACGGCUCGCAGCCGUUCGUGUUCAGCUCGGGCGACGGGACUGGGUUUGGUACGCAUGGUGAUUAUGUGUUUGGGUGGCAGGGCGAUGCGCUGCAAAGGGCGAUGGACGCUUUUUGCAAUGUCAAUUGCCCGACGCUCAAGACGCAGACGACGCAGGCGGGGAAUCGAUGCGUGUUGAAGCCGAAGGUCGAGGAGGAUAUCGAUGGGUGGUUGACAGAGUUGCCUGGUGGGCCGAGUGUGACGUACUCUUAGGUUUUAGAAUCGGAGAUAGGUGCUGGGGUUGAUAGAGUCGUGGCAGAUAUUGGGUGAGUUGUUCGAUGUUGGUCAGAGAGAGUC